AUGACCUCCAUUGAUGAGCUGGACGAGUAUGUCAACUGGGACAAUGCUGGGCUAGCCGCUGACAGCGUCUACCCACCUGUACCUAACAUGUCGUCCACCGGAAACCCUGCCGAGGAUGACAUUGGUCUUGUGCUCGAGAAUGUCAAUGAGGAUGACUUCAGCUUCUGUGCUCUUCAGCACUUUGAACACAACAACUUCUCCCAGAUCCCGGGAGUCGAGUCCGUUCCCUUAGACAUCACCGAGUCAUUGCUCUGGGAGACACCGGAGAAUCCCUGUGCUCACUGCGUCCUGGGCGGAUACUCUUGCAAAAAAAUCAGAGAAGGUCUUCACAAGGGCUACUGUACUAGCUGUGUUGCCUUGGGGCUCGAAUGCAGCUUUGGGGGAGUCAUCCCUGAUAUGAAGCCUCUCGGUAACCCAUCCUUCUUGGACAUGAUGAACCUGCAGACAACCGGUUCAGUUGAUGAUGGCAUUGCCAGUGCCAAGGCCGGAACCCCGCCCAAGAUUGGUGCCAGGUUCUCUCGAGAGUCAGUCCGGAUUCUGAAAACAUGGUUAUCAACUCAUAACAGACACCCCUAUCCCAGCGACGAGGAAAAAGAGAUGCUUCAGCGCCAGACUGGCCUCAACAAAACCCAGAUAACCAAUUGGUUGGCAAAUGCCCGGCGCCGCGGUAAGGCUCAGCCUCCGAGGUCAACCUCUCCCCAUGUUGGUAAUCUGUCUGCCUCGAUCGAUAUCCCACGCAGACGAGGAACACCUGCUCUCGAGUCCAUGAACCCGCUUCAGCGUUGGGAGCACUCUCCUCCUGAACACGAACCGGCUUCCGUAACCGCCAUUGCCAGGGCCGUUACUGCAUCGUCGUCAUCUGCAGUAUCUUCCGGUCUCAACAGUCCUUAUAGUUUCAAUUAUACAGACGACGGAUCAAGCAGGUCACUCUGCAAUCAGUCCUCUGCUAGCAGUGUGGGAACAUCCCACUCCAGUGGUGGUUCUCUUCGAUCUGCCUUCUCUCAUGGCUCGCAAAAGUCAUGGGGCUCCUUCGGCUCGGCGGCCUUUAGCACAAAGGGAAGACGGCGAAGGAGGCGAAGGGCGGCGCCUGGCAAGGAGGGAGGCUCAACUAGCCUCUCUGUCCCGCUGAAGACUUUCCAGUGUACUUUCUGUACGGAAACCUUCCGAACCAAGCACGACUGGCAGCGGCAUGAGAAAUCACUUCACCUGUCCUUGGAGAGAUGGGUGUGUGCGCCGGAUGGUCCUCGCUCUGUCAACCCAGACAACGGGCAGAUGUGCUGCGUAUUCUGUGGCGAGGUGAACCCAGACGAUGCCCACGUGGAGACUCACAACCACUCGGCCUGUCAGGAGCGGUCUCUGGAAGAGAGGACGUUCUAUCGAAAGGACCACUUGAACCAGCACCUUCGGUUGGUUCACAACGUCAAAUUCAUGGACUGGGCAAUGAAACUUUGGAGAGUGGCAACUCCCGAGAUUCGGUCGAGGUGCGGUUUCUGCGGCAUUGUGAUGGAUACUUGGACUAUUCGAGUUGACCACCUUGCGGAGCAUUUCAAGACUGGUUACUCCAUGGCGGACUGGAAGGGUGACUGGGGUUUUGAAGUACCUGUGUUGGACAUGGUCGAGAACUCGAUCCCUCCCUAUUUGAUUCAUCAUGAACGACAAUCUCCUCUGCCGUACAAUGCUGGCGCAUCUCCGCCCGAAUCGCCAAGGAAUGCCUAUGAGUUGAUCAAACUAGAGCUGGCCUAUUUCGGCAGCAACUUUUGGGAUCAACACGGCCGGUCACCAAGCGACGAAGACAUGCUGCUGGAAGGAUGUCGUAUCAUUUUCGCCUCCGAGUUGUUAUCUUUGCAAGGAAUCGCGACGCAGGUCUCAUGGCUUCGUGACAUCAUCAUGAGCCACGAGACGAUUGUCAAGACAGCUAGGUUUGGUCCUCUCCGUGGCGCGGCUGAAAACAGGCUUCAAACCCUCAAGAUUAACGGCAAGGACAACCUUUUCGAGGAGUGCCCCAUGGAGAGGCAGCUCCACGAAUACGUCAAGGCCAAGCAAUUGCUGGGCCUCACGACAAUGGAUGACGAGCUUCAGGAGGAAGCGCGUAAGAUUGUGGGACGAGUCGAAGAAGUGUGCACUCAUCCCUCGGAGGCGGUUGCUAACUGGUUGUUGCGACUGAUCACGGCAUCGACGAGAUGGCUCGCACCGUUCCGUCGGCGUGCGCAUCUGCCCCGAAGCGAAGAUGUCCAGCAUAAGUCGAUCCGGUCGACAGAUCCAAACUCGAUCGACUCCACCAUCCACAACUACUCCAGGCUGGAGUCUGAGCUGGUUGCGUUCCUCAAGGAGCAGCGCUCUAUGGGUAGAGAGCCUACAGACGAAGAACUGCAACGAAAGGCUCGUAUUACCAUUUACGAAUUCGAUGACGGCUGGAACCAAACUGUGGCGGAUAAUCAUGAAUGGCUUGCAGCUUUUAGGCAGCGCAAUGCUCCUGGUCAAACGACUCUAUCAAGUUCCUUUAAGGGCGCCACUGGGAUAACCAGCAAACCAUCUGAGAAAAUCUCGAUUUCUCUCUCUACUGCUGCGCCAAACCCCUUUUCUGAAUUCCAGUCUAGGCUUGAUGAGAACGGCAAUCAUUUGAGGUCGUUCCAGUACUUCCUUAACGAUGCCAACUGCUACAGGAGGCUAGAGAAGGAACUCAAGAGAUGGGUUACCUCUACCAUGUCCAAGAAUAAUCCCAAUCGCCAUGUGCCAACAGAUGAAGAGCUGCAGUACCAAGCUCGAUGGAUCUUGUAUGAUGAUGACGAUCCUUGGAACUACACCGCCGCCGAUAACGCAGAAUGGCUUCACAGGUUUAAAAGAGACAUUGGAAUAAUCAACGACUCCGGCCCGGGUCUCCCACCUGGCUAUGCGUGGGCGCUGGAACAAGGUGGAACGGGCUUUGCACCACCAUAUGCCAUUCGCAAGGACCACGAACUGGUCAUUAACGAUGUCGAAGUAGAGAUGCGAACCGGUGCCAAGUCUAUUACGGCAGGACAUUCAGCAGUCAACAGCUACUUGGAGGAGUUGACAUCAUCUCCAAACCAGAAACCGGCCGUGAUUUUCUGCUCUCGCGAGCUGGAAUGGGGCUUGCAGCAAUACGCCAAGGCAUACUUUAUGGAUAAGGGAGUUUUGCCCUCGGACACAGGAUUAAAAGCCAAGGCAAAGGAUAUUCUCAAGACUGAUCACACCGCCGCUGAUGAUCCUAUACUUUUGGGAAAAUUCAAGACCUGGUUGCUCACCAGGCUUCCCGAAUUGGCAUCCGGAGAACCCAUCAGGCAAGAGCCUGACAGCGCGAACAACUUCCCAUCCGCCGUGCCAACGAACAUGGACAUUAACAUUUCGGAUGCAGAGCUUGGUGAUAUGCUCAAAGACAUGGAUUUCGACUUUGGAUUGGGAUCCAUGGAAGGAAUCGAGCAUGACGGAGGCGUGAGUUUGUAG